AUGGUUAUAUUUGGAUUUGAUGCAGAGAUGGCAACAGAAACUCCUGUGGUGGUUGUUCCAAGUGCUCAAGUGGUUGGGAAUGCUUUUGUCGAGCAGUACUAUCACAUCCUUCACAAAUCUCCGGAGCUGGUUUACAGGUUCUAUCAGGUAGCCAGUGUUUUAAGUCAACCAGGGCCAAAUGGUGUUAUGUCAACAGUGUCAACUAUGAAUGCGAUAAAUCAGAAAAUCCUGUCAAACUCCAGAGACUACAAGGCAGAGAUUAAAAGCGCAGAUGCUCAAUACCCCACAGAUUACAAGGCAGAAUUAAAAAAGUGGCAUUUGCUUGCUUCAGUUACUGUUUUUAUCACCUUGCUUGGUGCUGACUUCAUGAGAAUGGAAUCUUUGGGCAAAGUUGAAGAGUUUGCGGAGACUCUGGUAGAAGAUAACGAAGAAGAAUAUGAAGAGCAUGGAACCCAAGAAGAAGAGGUUGUUGAUGUCGAUGUUGAUUCUACAAAUGUCGCUAUUCUUGUCAACAGUAAUGAAGCUGAAGAAGAGUGCGAUACAACUAAUGAAGGAACCUUAUCAUCCUAA